UUGCACAAUAUUUUAGUGGAACUAUAUUGCGAUACAGCGAGGUUGAGCUUAAAUGAUAAUACUGAUAGUAACGUCAAUGAAAAUUCGAAUAAUCCUGAUAAAGAGUUUCAAAUUGAUUCACCUGGAAUUUCCACAACCUCAAUUUUCGCGACCGCCAGAGCACGUCGCCGGCGUGCGCUACGUCGCGCCGCCCGCUCGCCGGCGGCGGGCGAGCGCACGCGCGACGCCACGCCGCAGCUGCGGCCCGCGCAGAUAGCGCGCUGUCGACUCAUUUUACAGGAGAUCAACAGGAAAAUGCGCGCCGUCACCUGGCGCCCACCCACCGACGUCUGA